AAGGUAUACACCUAUUUUCGAUAAUAUUUUGUAGAACGAUUGGUCAAUUGAGCAUUAUAUUUCCAUAUUAUAAAAUGAAUCUUUUCCAUUAAACUGAUUUAUUCUGCACUUUCCACGCCAACAGCGCGUGAGGGUUUGAGACCACGUGACUUGAAACGGGUGUCUUAAUGAGUCACGUGACUCGAUCCCAACUUAGCCCCCGUUUCGUGCCGCCGCUGUUUUUUUAUUUAUAACUUUCCGAAGUAAGAUAAUCGUAUGACGCUAUCCGUCCGGCACAUGGCCGCUCCGUUGGGCAAGUCAGUGUUAAAAUAAGCGUCUCGACGCCGGGUCGCCGUCGCCAUCGCCAUCGCCAUCGCCGCGUAAAGUCGAACCUGUGCACGAGUGUGGCUUAAGCACCGUCGUCCGACGAUGGACUUCCGUCCGCUGCAGCGCAAAGCUCGGCCUCGUUAAUGGACGGAAGAGGAUAAAAUGUUGGACAUCUUCCGCGGACUCAAGUCCCUCAUCAGAGUCAACCACAUCCACACCGAUUCGCCCGUUUUCCGUCUGCAUUAUUCCAUCACUGUGCUGAUUCUUGUGGCCUUUAGUCUAAUUGUGACGACGAGGCAGUAUGUGGGUAAUCCGAUUGAUUGUAUCCACACGAAGGACAUUCCGGAAGACGUCCUUAACACCUACUGCUGGAUUCAUUCCACCUUCACCAUCAAACAGCAGCAAGGUCCAAAGGCCGAACCGUUUAGUUAUCCGGGGGUUAAAACGACAAUCGAUGAAAAAGACAAGAAACUUGUCAAGUAUUACCAAUGGGUGUGCUUCUGCUUGUUCUUCCAAGCGAUUCUGUUCUACACUCCCCGAUGGUUGUGGAAGUCUUGGGAAGGUGGUAAAAUCCACGCUUUGAUGAUGGAUCUGGACGUGGGCGUUUGUUCCGAAAUCGAAAAAAAGCAAAAGAAGAAAUUGAUGAUCGACUACUUGUGGGAGAAUCUGAGAUACCACAAUUGGUGGGCUUACAAGUAUUAUUUUUGCGAGCUUUUGGCCCUGAUUAAUGUUAUUGGCCAAAUGUUCCUAAUGAACCGCUUCUUCGACGGCGCCUUCCUCAUGUUCGGCUUCGACGUGAUAGCAUUUAUCAAUAGCGACCAAGAGGACCGCAUUGACCCAAUGAUCGAGAUUUUCCCUCGUAUGACCAAAUGUACUUUCUACAAAUAUGGCGUUUCCGGCGAUAUGGAAAAACACGACGCUAUGUGUAUCCUCCCCCUCAACGUGGUCAACGAAAAGAUCUACAUUUUCCUCUGGUUCUGGUUCAUCAUCCUCUUCAUUCUAACAUUUUUCACUGUGGUAUACAGAGUGAUCAUAAUUUUCUCGCCUCGAAUGAGGGUUUAUCUGUUACGAAUGCGAUACAGAUUGGUCCGGAAAGACGCGAUAGACCUCAUCGUGCGUCGGAGCAAGAUGGGCGAUUGGUUUCUGUUUUACAUGUUGGGGGAAAAUGUGGAUUCGGUGAUUUUCCGGGAUGUUUUGCAAGAGUUGGCGAAUAAAUUAGCAAGGCAUAACUUUCAUCAUAUUCCCGGGUUUAAGGGGGAAAUACAGGAAGCGUGAAAGGCCGUGCCUUAGCUGCCUCACUGCCUACAGACGAUGUACCGACUAGUCAGUUAAAAUGAUUAAGUAUUGAGGUAAACAUUCCGAGUAUUUCAUAGGAAUGAUGAGGGGGCGAGGGGUCAGUCGUGCAUCUCUGUCGAAGCGUUAUUACGAAAUAUUUAUUUUUUAUUAGAUCUGUGGACAAUAUUAUGUGCAAUUAUUGUUAUUGUUAUAAGUUAUCGUAUUAUCUUUUGUAUUUUUCGGAAAAUAAUAAACGAUUUUU